AUGUCAAUGAAUCAUUAGUUCCCGCCGAAUCGUCGUCUUAGUUUGUCAUAUGACACGAUUACUGCAAGUUUCCAAAUUUUUCCGUAGAGUUAUGACGACAGACGUACGAGGAGUUGUGCUAUCCGGCACCGAUUUGGCGCAGGAAAUUCGCGAAAACCUAAAAAAAGAUGUGAAAAGACUGAAAGACAAACUACCAAAUUAUGUACCUGGCUUAGCAAUUGUUCAAGUAGGCGGCAGAGAAGAUUCAAAUGUUUACAUUAGGAUGAAAAUAAAAGCGGCAAAUGACAUUGGAAUCGCUGCGGAACACGUCAAAUUGCCAAACACCACAACGGAAAUAGAAUUGAUAAAUAAAGUAAAUAAAUUAAACAAUGAUCCAAAUAUACACGGAAUUAUCGUACAAAUGCCUCUUGACUCUGUCAAUCAAAUCAAUUCCCAUAUAAUUACUGAUUUAGUGUCACCCGAAAAAGAUGUGGAUGGAUUAAACACAAUCAAUGAAGGCAAAGUGGCUGUUGGCGAUAUGUCAGGAUUUUUACCAUGUACUCCAAACGGAUGUAUCGAACUUAUCAAGAAGAGCGGAGUACCAAUCGCUGGUGCUCAGGCUGUAGUUUUAGGUAGAAGUAAAAUCGUUGGUACACCUAUAUCCGAACUAUUAAAAUGGCACAAUGCAACAGUAACGGUAUGCCAUUCGAAAACACGGAAUCUUCCACAAGUUGUUUCGCAGGCCGACAUCUUAGUUGUUGCCAUUGGUCAACCCCAGAUGGUCAAGGGAAGCUGGAUUAAACCAGGCGCAGUGGUAAUCGAUUGCGGAAUCAAUUCUAUUCCAGAUCCAACAAAGAAUAUCGGAAAACGUUUGGUAGGCGAUGUAGAUUAUGCAGAAGCUGUUAAAGUAUCUUCGUACAUUACACCUGUGCCUAAAGGCGUUGGUCCAAUGACUGUAGCUAUGCUGAUGAAAAAUACAGUGAUAUCUGCUCAAAAGGUAGCAGAAAAAAUGUUAAACAGUGAAUGGAAAUUAAGACCUCUGAAGGUCAAUAUACAAAAACCGGUACCUAGCGACAUAAUGAUUUCAAGGAAUCAAGAACCAAAACCAAUCACAAGUGUAGCAGAAGAAAUUGGUUUACUCCCCAGUGAAAUCAGUCCUUAUGGAAGUAAAAAAGCGAAAAUUAGCUUGAACGUUCUAACACGUUUAAAAUACCAACUAAAUGGAAAACUCGUAGUCGUCGCCGGUAUCACACCAACACCUUUUGGCGAAGGCAAAAGUACUACAUCCUUAGGUUUAGUACAAGCCUUAACAGCACACAGAAAAAAGAAUUCAUUUGUUAAUUUACGGCAACCCAGUCAAGGACCUACCUUUGGAGUAAAAGGAGGAGCUGCGGGUGGAGGGUACUCGCAGGUUAUUCCUAUGGAAGAAUUUAAUUUGCAUUUAACUGGUGAUAUUCACGCUGUAUCGGCAGCCAAUAAUCUGUUAGCAGCACAAAUUGAUGCCCGAUAUUUCCACGAAUCUACUCAGUCUGAUCAGGCUCUUUACGAUCGCCUUGUGCCAACUAUUAAAGGAGAAAGGAAAUUUUCUAAAAUACAAUUAAGACGUUUAGAAAAACUAGGUAUCCUAAAAACUGAUCCCAAUAGUUUAACGGAAGAAGAGAAGAAAAAAUUCGCAAGACUAGAUAUCGAUCCGGAAAACAUCACUUGGACUCGAGUGGUCGAUAUAAACGAUCGAUUUUUGCGUAAAAUUACCAUUGGUCAAAGUCCAACCGAAAAAGGUAAAACGCGAGAAACGUCGUUUUGUAUUUCUGUGGGUUCAGAAAUAAUGGCAAUACUUGCACUAUCCACCAGCGUUGAUAAUAUGAAGCAAAGGCUCGGCAAUAUAGUAGUAGCUUUCAAUAAAAAUGGAGAACCCCUAACUGCUGAUGAUUUCGGUGUGACAGGAGCACUAGUAAUUUUGCUAAAAGAUGCCAUUGAACCAACGCUUAUGCAGUCGUUGGAAGGAACACCAGUAAUGGUUCAUACUGGACCAUUUGCAAAUAUCGCGCAUGGUUGUUCCUCCAUCAUAGCAGAUACUAUUGCAUUAAAAUUAGUUGGACCAGAAGGUAUAGUAGUAACUGAAGCUGGAUUUGGUUCUGAUAUCGGUAUGGAGAAAUUCUUCGAUAUUAAAUGUCGAACAUCUGGCCACAUACCAAACGCUGUUGUGUUGGUUGCAACUGUUAAAGCGUUGAAAAUGCACGGUGGAGGACCUCCAGUAACGACUGGUGCUCCAUUGAAAAAUGAAUAUCUCGAGGAAAAUCUUGAUUUAGUUAGAAAAGGUCUUCCAAAUCUACAGAAGCACAUCAGUAACGGAAUUAAGUUUGGCGUUCCAGUUAUCGUUGCAGUUAACGUUCAUGCGACUGAUACACAAGCUGAAUUGGAGUUAGUAAAACAAGCUGCAAUAGAAAGUGGUGCGACCGAUGCAGUUAUAUGCAAUCAUUGGGCAGCGGGUGGUGCUGGUGCUACAGAACUUGCAGAUGCAGUUAUAACUGCUACAAAUAAACUUAGUAAUUUCAAAGUAUUAUAUGAUCUUAAUAUUGGUAUCGAAGAAAAAAUAAACAUUAUUGCAAAAGAAAUAUAUGGAGCUGGACAAGUCGUUCUUGCAGAUAAAGUUCUAAAGAAAAUCGAAAAGUAUAGUAAAUUAGGAUAUGACAAAUUGCCACUUUGCAUGGCAAAAACAUCAAACUCUUUAACGGGUGAUCCAUCGAUUAAAGGUGCGCCUACAGGUUUCACGCUCGAUAUUACAGAUAUAUUUGUAUCUGUGGGAGCAGGUUUUAUAGUACCUAUGGUAGGAGAGAUAAUGAUGAUGCCAGGCCUCUCUACAAGACCAAGCAUUUAUGAUAUGGACUGGAACAGCGAAACAGACGAAAUAGAAGGCUUAUUUUAAAUAUAU